AUGGGACUCCGUAAGAAGAGCGCCAAGAAUCCCCCGAUGCUGAGCCAGGAAUUCAUCCUGCAGAAUCACGCGGACCUCGUCUCGUGCGUGGGCAUGUUCUUCGUGCUGGGGCUGAUGUUCGAGGGCACGGCCGACGUGUCCAUCGUGUUUCUGACGCUGCAGCACGGCGUGGUGGUCCCCGCAGACGAGGAGCCGGAGGGCACCAAGACCCUCUAUCAUUAUGGGGUGAAGGAUCUGGCCACGGUGUUCUUCUACAUGCUGGUGACCAUCAUCCUGCAUGCCACCAUCCAGGAGUACGUGCUGGAUAAGAUCAGCCGGAGGAUGCAGUUCACCAAGGCCAAGCAGAACAAAUGCAACGAGUCCGGCCAGUUCAGCGCCUUCUACUUGGUGUCUUGCAUCUGGGGGACCUUCAUCCUCAUCUCGGAAGACUGCCUGUCGGACCCGGCUCUCCUGUGGAGAGCUCAGGGCCACAACAUGAUGACGUUCCAGAUGAAGUUCUUCUACAUCUCGCAGCUGGCUUAUUGGUUCCACGGGUUUCCAGAACUCUACUUCCAGAAAAUCAAGAAGCAGGACAUCCCCAGCCAGCUGAUCUACAUCGGGGUGCACCUGUUCCACAUCGCCGGCGCUUACCUUCUGUACCUCAACCACCUGGGGCUCCUUCUCUUGGUGCUGCAUUAUCUGGUGGAGUUGCUCUCCCAUCUGUGCGCCCUGGUGUAUUUCAGCGAUGAGAAGUAUCAGAAAGGGGUGUCUCUGUGGACUUUUGUAUUUAUCCUGGGGAGACUGGUGACGUUGAUCGUGUCUGUGGUCACCGUGGGCCUUCACCUGGCCGGAUCCCCGGGUCGGAGCACCGACGCCAUCAGCGGGAAUGUCAAUGUGUUGGCCGCUAAGAUCGCGGUCCUGUCGUCCAGUUGUUCCAUCCAGGCGUACAUCACAUGGACCUUGAUUACCGUGCGUCUGCAGAGGUGGGUGGAGGAUGCGAACCUGCAGGCCUCCUGUGUGAAGAAGCGACGGUCCAGGUCUUCGAGAAAAGGCACCGAAAAUGGAGUGGAAGCUACCCAGAGAGCUGACGCUCUCCCAAAGAGGAAAGAGAAAUCUUCCUAG